GCCCCCAGCCAGCCCGCCGGGAGCCCGCACGGCGUCAGGGGGACCGUGGGCAGCUGAGGGAUCCCACCGCGACCCUAGCUCCUCGCGGGGCUCCGAUGUGACACUGUGGGUCCGGAACUGGGGAUCCCUCCUUGCUGACAACUGCAACUGUCAGUAACGAGUUACACCCCAGUGGUGCAAAGCACGGGAGUGGGGGGCUGGGGGUCAGUUCUAGGAGCCCCGGGCCCGGAGCUGGGCGGUCUGAUCGACCGUGUGCAGGGAGGAACCAGCACCCCGGCCGCCGCGGCAGUGAGCCCUGCUCUGAACGAAGGGGAGCCGGGCUGGGAGCCGCCCGACUCGGCCUCCUUGCCUCCCCUGGGCGCUUGCAGACGGAGUAAUUAGGGUGAGCCUUAAUCACAGCUGGCCGCACGGGCAAACGAGGGGGGGUCGUGGGGACCGCGCCGGCAGCCCCGCAGCGCGGCCGUCGUGACGUCCGGUCUCCCGCGGGACACGGGGUCCUCGGGCGCUGCCGGUUAAUGAUUGCCCAGGAGGCGCUAUAAAGGGAGCAGGAGAGCCGCGCUCAGCAGAUCUGGCUCCGAGCGCAGCGGCUCCCACCAUGGCCGCCCGGGGCUACGGCUACUACCGCGCUGUCAUCUUCUCGGCCAUGUUCGGGGGCUACAGCCUCUACUACUUCAACCGCAAGACCUUCUCCUUCGUCAUGCCCGCGCUGGUCGAGGAGAUUCCUCUGGACAAGGACGACCUGGGGCUCAUCACGAGCAGCCAGUCAGCAGCCUAUGCCAUCAGCAAGUUUGUGAGCGGGGUUCUGUCCGACCAGAUGAGCGCUCGCUGGCUCUUCUCCUCGGGGCUGCUCCUGGUUGGCCUGGUCAACGUCGCCUUCUCCUGGAGCUCCACAGUGCCUCUCUUCGCUGCCCUCUGGUUCCUCAAUGGCCUGGCACAGGGGCUGGGCUGGCCCCCGUGCGGGAAGGUCCUGAGGAAGUGGUUCGAGCCAUCUCAGUUUGGCACUUGGUGGGCCAUUCUGUCCACCAGCAUGAACCUGGCCGGAGGGCUGGGCCCCAUCCUGGCCACCAUCCUCGCCCAGAGCUACAGCUGGCGCAGCACGCUGGCCCUGUCUGGGGCACUGUGUGUGGCCGUCUCCUUCCUCUGUCUCCUGCUCAUCCACAACGAACCUGCUGAUGUUGGACUCCGCAACCUGGACCCCACCCCCUCCAAGGGCAGGAAGGGCCCCUCAAAGGAGGAGAGUACCCUGCAGGAGCUGCUGCUGUCCCCCUACCUGUGGGUGCUCUCCACGGGCUACCUGGUGGUGUUCGGAGUGAAGACUUGCUGUACUGACUGGGGCCAGUUCUUCCUCAUCCAGGAGAAAGGCCAGUCAGCACUCGUGGGUAGCUCCUACAUGAGUGCCCUGGAGGUCGGGGGCCUUGUGGGCAGCAUUGCAGCGGGCUACCUGUCAGACCGGGCCAUGGCAAAGGCAGGGCCGUCCACCUACGGGAACCCUCGCCACAGCCUGCUGCUGCUCAUGAUGGCCGGCAUGACGGCGUCCAUGUACCUCUUCCGGGUGACUGUGACCAGUGACUCCCCCAAGCUCUGGAUCCUGCUGCUGGGAGCUCUGUUCGGCUUCUCCUCUUACGGCCCCAUUGCCUUGUUUGGAGUUAUAGCCAAUGAGAGUGCCCCUCCCAACUUGUGUGGCACCUCCCAUGCCAUCGUGGGACUCAUGGCCAAUGUGGGGGGCUUUCUGGCGGGGCUGCCCUUCAGCACCAUUGCUAAGCACUACAGCUGGAGCACAGCCUUCUGGGUGGCCGAAGUGGUCUGCGCAGCCUGCACGGCUGCCUUCUUCCUCCUCCGGAACAUCCGCACCAAGAUGGGCCGAGUGCCCAAGAAGGCCGAGUGAGGAGUGCGGGCCCCAGGGCCCUCCCCGCCGCCUUCCACCGCACGGGGUCGGGAAGAGGGUCUGCUCCGAGAGCACUGGACCUUCGACCCGCUCCUUUCCCUGCCCAGGUGGCACUGGGGAUUCUCAGCGUAGAGGUUCCAGCUCCCCAUCCUGGGCUCCAUCUAAAAGACAACCUUUGUUCUUGGACUCCAUUAGCUCCUAUUUUCUGCCUUCAAACAGGAAACCCCUGCAGCUAGGGAGUCUCCCAGACUUUUCUCUCCUGGGCUCUGCUCCCACCCCCCCAGAGAUGAGGCUUCUCCGGCAGCUGCCGGCCCCAUGGCCGCUGCCUUCUGCCCCGAGGCCUCGGUCGGGGUCGCUGCCACUGCGCACUCAGGCCCCGGGGAGAGACGGUCACUCUCACCGUCAUCCUGGUGCAUAGAGGGUACGGGUGGGGCAGGGAGACCCACAGAAGAUUAAAACUAGAUUUGAUAAUAAA